AUGACACCCGAUCCAGAGUGCAUGGUGGGGGAGGGAGCUGCCAAUCCACCUGGAGGUGGAGAGGGCCGGUGGCAGGCCCGCAGGGAGACAGCAACCAGGGGGCAGGGACAACGACGGACGGCGGCGGUGUCGACGAGCGGUGGCAGGCGCGUUGAUCACUCGUGGGCGCAGCAGGCGGCGGGCGACAGCAUGGACAGCUGCGACGGCGAGGCGGCGCGAGGGCCGCACCCCGGACCCUGGCGCAGGCGGUGGCCCGUGGCAGCUACGGACAGCGGCGGCGGCGGCGAGCGUGACUGCAUCGCGGACCCUCCUCGGCUCGCGUCCGGCGGCGAACUGCGUCACGCUUGUGGCGCGCUAGUGCGCGGCCACGCACAUUCUGCAACGCAGGCGACCGGCUGGAAGAGGGUCGGAGCCAUUAAGGCAGAAGCGGGCCGCUGCAGCGUCGUGCCACCAGCAGAGGACAGUAACAGCCCGGCGGCCCGCUGGGUGCCGUUUCCCGAAGUUGACUCUCUCUGCACUGAAUUCCAGGAUCUCUUCUCCCCCAGCAUCGAGUGCGCCAAGGGGUUUGCAGCGACUCUCCACCUCUGGCCGUCAGCCCACCCUCAAUACUUCCGGGCGAGGCAGGUCCCCGUCGCUGUCCAGCAGCCACUGCGCGACGAAUUGGACCGUUUGCAACAGGAAGAGGCCACUCCGCAGCCUUCUUCCGGCCCCCCGGAUGUGCUCCCUUCCACCCAUGGUCGGCGUGCAGGGGCGCUAGAUCCCAUCCAGCAGCAACAGCCGUCGUCUCCACAGCGGCUGCAGGCUCCACCGGCUCCUCCGCCGGCCCGACCGGCUGCGCCAUCCGCCAUCGUUGACGAUGCCCCCAUGCGCUUGGCACCCCCGCCGUCGAUGUCGCAGCCUAGCCAGCGACGCCCGCACGGUCCUCCUUCUGAGCAGCAUCCCGCGGUCGUCGAUGAAGCUAUGCCCCUGGCGCCGUCGCGGCCGGCUUCCCCGCCUCUUCCGCGACGCAGCUCCGCCCGUCUGGCCCGCCACGCCGCGGCCUACUCUGCGGGGGCGAGUUUUCACCGCCUCCUCCACUAG